CUGUCGAAAUAUCGAAUAUCAACAAACUGGAUGUAAAUACUUGCUGUUAACGGAGGCAAUGAAAUAAAAUUGAAAUAUAACAAGGAUUCGUUACAAGUUAUAAAAAAAAGGCCAAGCCAUUAUGGACAGCAGAAAAGAUUUCUGCCUACGUGAAUGGGCGCCGCUUACGGAGAUCAUGGAGCUUAUACCAGCAGCUCGGCGCGGCUUUUUUCCAGCAAAUCUCAAUGUAACUUGCGUAGAUGCCGUUGAAGAUUUCCUGGCGCUGGGAAGUGACGCUGGAAUUGUCUUUUGGUAUAAUCGUCGCUCAGGCGAAAUGCAGAAACUCAAAGCUGAGGUAUCCACACGCAUAACGUGCGUUAAGAUAGUCAACUCGGUGGAGUAUAUGGUGGCAGCUGGAAGUGCUAAUGGUCAAGUUAGCGUUUUUCAAAUUCAAAAGGAGCUGCCGCCAGACCUGGACCUGGUGGCGCCCUGCACACGAGCCAAACCCAUUGAACGCUACACCAUACGUGAUUUGCAUCGCUGCGUAGUUAGUUGCUGCGAGUGGUCCAAAAACGGCAUGAAAUUGUAUUCGGGCGAUCGACAGGGCGUCGUCGUGCUCACCGAAUUCGACUAUCAAGCGCACCUGAGCAAAUCGUUGGAAAUACUGAGCGAAGCCUAUGAGAUUGUUCAGCUGAGCGUGCAUCAGAGCUAUCUGCUUGUGGCGACGCUUUACCGUUGCAUAGUGUGCCGCCGCGAUGCCAAGACCCACACGUGGCAAAUCACCCAGGUGGGCAAGAAGGAUCGCAAGCAGCUAAUCGACUGUGGCGGCGUCUUCCUCAAGCAAGCAACUGCGAACGAUAAUUUGCCACAAAUCAUUUGCGGACGACCCGGACUACGUUUCUGGAUUGCCGAUGCCGUUGGCACUGUAUCGAAGACCAUUAUCUUCAACGAAGCCGUCUUGAACAAUCCCACCUGGGAGAUACCUUUACUCAAUCCUAAGCAGCGUAGUCACAUGAAAAUGACUGCAACUCAAGCCGAUAGCAGCAGCAGCGGUUGCUGUGUUGCAUUUGUGGCCAGCAAAAACUUUCGUGAAUUGGAUUUGUAUGAUGGACACGAUUCCCUGGUGGUUACACAUGACGAUGUUACUUUAUACAUUCUGAAUCUCGAGCGCCUCAAAGUGGAGGCAGUGGCGCGUGGUUUUCGUAAAAUCAUUGACUUUUGUGUCUGUGGCAAAGAGAUCUUUGUGCUCGAAGGCGAGCGCUCGCUGUUGCGUCUGGCCCCUUUUCCAGAGCCACCUAAUAGAACUACUACGGUUAUUUUCAAUCCACUGCUGCCGCCUCCACUGCCCAUGGUGGGUGUCUCUCAAUAUUCCAAACUGGAUGUGGAAUCGCCGGUGGAGCUGGAGCCAGCUUUGAAUAUGGCCGAGGAAUGCUUUGAAUUGCCGACCAUUGAAAAGCUGGACUUGAAUGUGCCCAUUGAGCUGGCAGUGGAGUCGCCAUUGGCGCAGCAAAAUCGUCGCUUGGAAAUCUUUCAACGCAUCGGUGAAAUGGACUUUGAGCCGUCCAUUGUGCACACCAGCGGCACGUUGAGCCAUCGAAAGCGCAAAAUUUCGGCGGACAAGCGGAACGCAGCUGCAAGAGGAAUCGUUGAGAUCGGACAGGAGACACACGAGCACAAGCUGCCCCUGACCAGUGCAGCUACACUAAUGGAAGCCAGCUAUUGCCAAAUGGAAAACAACGGCUUGGUUUCCCCUGUGGACAUGAGAGCAGCAUUUAUGCAGCAGCUGCCCGAUGCGUUGACUCCAACCACGUUGCAGCGUACCGUUGCGGAAAAGGCGAAAACAUUGGCGGCCGAGCUGAAUUUGCCAGAAGUGCAUCUGGCUCCCGUCAGCGCUGAGGAGCUGCAGGCGGCACAAGCACCGAAACUUGUGAAUUCACUGAUCAACUGUUAUCCCUCGAGACUGGAGGCGGUCAGUGUGCAGACAUCUCCACGCAAGAAGCUGGACACCACCGAUUACAGCGCCGGACAGCCAGUGGAUGGCAUUUGUGCGGGCGCCUCGAAGCCGGCCUUGACAUUUAUAGAGACUCAGCCAAAGUCCACAUCAUCGCCCGAUGAGGAAUACAACAGCUUUCUGCCAGACUUCCAACGCGCAGCUGAUCCAUUCAUAAAGAAGGAGACGCCCGCCUCAGGUGGCUCAAACACAUCCAGCGAAUGGGAGUUUCUAGAUAACUAAAAUGUGUAUUUACAGCCCAGUAUUAUUUACAUUCGUUUAUAUUAGUUGCAUUCGAAGUUAUUUUCAUGUUAAUUUCGUUUAAGUUCUUUGUGCACAAUUCUCUCUG